ACGGGCAUGUGCGUGGCAGCGGCGCGUGACGUCAGAGGAGGGAGCUGGCCAGUGCUGAGGGGGCGCGGCGCGGAGGGGCGCGGAGCCGGGCGGCUCAGGGGCCCAGAGAGUGCGGCGGCCGAGAGCCUGCCGGCCCCUGACAGCCCCCUCCCCCCGUGGAAGACCAGGACGACGACUACGAAGGCGCAAGUCAUGGCGGAGCAGCGAAGCCCGAGAGGGCCCUGAGCACCGCCGCAUGGAGCGGGACGAACGGCCACCUAGCGGAGGGGGAGGCGGCGGGGGCUCGGCGGGGUUCCUGGAGCCGCCCGCCGCGCUCCCUCCGCCGCCGCGCAACGGUUUCUGUCAGGAUGAAUUGGCAGAGCUUGAUCCAGGCACUAAUGGAGAGACUGACAGUUUAACACUUGGCCAAGGCCAUAUACCUGUUUCCGUCCCAGAUGAUCGAGCUGAACAACGAACCUGUCUCAUCUGUGGGGACCGCGCUACGGGCUUGCACUAUGGGAUCAUCUCCUGCGAGGGCUGCAAGGGGUUUUUCAAGAGGAGCAUUUGCAACAAACGGGUGUAUCGGUGCAGUCGUGACAAGAACUGUGUCAUGUCCCGGAAGCAGAGGAACAGAUGUCAGUACUGCCGCCUGCUCAAGUGUCUCCAGAUGGGCAUGAACAGGAAGGCUAUCAGAGAAGAUGGCAUGCCUGGAGGCCGGAACAAGAGCAUUGGACCAGUCCAGAUAUCAGAAGAAGAAAUUGAAAGAAUCAUGUCUGGACAGGAGUUUGAGGAAGAAGCCAAUCACUGGAGCAACCAUGGUGACAGCGACCACAGUUCCCCUGGGAACAGGGCUUCAGAGAGCAACCAGCCCUCACCAGGCUCCACACUAUCAUCCAGUAGGUCUGUGGAACUAAAUGGAUUCAUGGCAUUCAGGGAUCAGUACAUGGGGAUGUCAGUGCCUCCACAUUAUCAAUACAUACCACACCUUUUUAGCUAUUCUGGCCACUCACCACUUUUGCCCCCACAAGCUCGAAGCCUGGACCCUCAGUCCUACAGUCUGAUUCAUCAGCUGAUGUCAGCCGAAGACCUGGAGCCAUUGGGCACACCUAUGUUGAUUGAAGAUGGGUAUGCUGUGACACAGGCAGAACUGUUUGCUCUGCUUUGCCGCCUGGCCGACGAGUUGCUCUUUAGGCAGAUUGCCUGGAUCAAGAAGCUGCCUUUCUUCUGCGAGCUCUCAAUCAAGGAUUACACGUGCCUCUUGAGCUCUACGUGGCAGGAGUUAAUCCUGCUCUCCUCCCUCACAGUGUACAGCAAGCAGAUCUUUGGGGAGCUGGCUGAUGUCACAGCCAAGUACUCACCCUCUGAUGAAGAACUCCACAGGUUGGGGUGUAUCGGUUCCCACCAUCCUAUAUAUCACAUAUGAACAAGGCCAACACUUGAGGAGAGAGCAAAGCUUCAGGCCUUUAGGAGCUGUGCACAGCUGAGUGGGAACCUGGGAACCGGCUCUCUCCAUUGCUCUUCAGGCAGUCAUUGACUUGCUCAGUGUCUUCAGGGUGCACCUACCUGACAUUUUGUCCUAUAGACAGAUGACUCAACCCCUUGUCUAUAGCCUCUAAUUCAUUGUUUCUAUCAGAUUUCUGGCUUUAGCUCAUAGCUUUGGAUUGAAGGGCUGUUUGGAUAGCAGUAAGCUUGCUGUAUUGUUGUUGGUUUGUAGCCUUGGCCUCAGGGAGCCCAGCUUCCCUAUUUGCCUGGGAUCUGACUGCCUGUGGUGGUGGUGGUGGUGGUGGUGGUGGUGGUGGUGGUAGAAGAUGACAACGAAUGAUCAAUCUCUAAGUUCUGUUCCCUGAAGCAUGAACAGCUUUCCAGGCAGAUACUCUGAAGGUAUUACAUGUAUUGGGAGAUGUUGGGGACAAGGCAUCUAGGAACAGAGACCAUGUAGAUGAAGUGUCUUUUGUUUCUUUUUCUCUCCUUCUUUCCCUCCCUUAAUGUCUAGUUCCGUAGAUUUAAACCCCGAAUCUUACAAGAGCUAAGUGCUCAAUCAUUGAGAUGAUACAUCCCUAGCCUCUUGACAUAUGCUGUGUAAGUGCUCUGCCAUUGAGAUGACAUCCCCAACUCCUUCUCAAUCACUUUGAGAUAAGAUCUCACUAAAUUUCCCAGGCAGGAUUCAAACUUAGAAUUCUCUUUCCUCAAUCUCCUGAGUACCACACCUAGCUUAGACAUGGUUUUGAGUCCCAAUUCUUCUUUUAUAGUAGCAGAUACAAUCUAUAGUGCAAGGUCAUUGAAUAGAUUUCAGAGGGUAUAAGAACUAUUCAAACACUGACUAAGGGAAGAGAGCUGUACUUUCGUACCUGACUUACCCCAAGAACAGACAUUUGAGAUGCAUUUUGAAGUGAGAAUUUUCUAAGUACAGUAUAGAGGGUAAUGUGAAGUCAGGAGACAAAAAGAACUCCUAUAAGAGCUGGGCAUGGUGACUCGUGUCUUUAGUCCCAGAACUGGGCAGAGGCAGGCAAAUCUCUGAGUUCAAGGUUAGCCUUCUCUACAGAGCGAGUUCCAGGACAGCCGAGGACACACACAGUAAGACCUUGCCUAGAAAGAGACAGGAAGGGAAGAGAGGGAGGAAGGGAGGAAGGCAAGGAGGGAGGGAAUAAUCUUAGGUGUAAGGCUGUAUGUAUAAGGCUCCAAAAUCAGUCCUGUGUAUUAGGGAACAGAAAACUGAGGGAAGAGAAGUGAAUGGAGACAGAAAUCCUCCUCCCUGCCUCUGCCUUUUGAGUGUUGCAAUUAAAGAUGUACACCACCACUUUGUUUGGUUUUUUUUGUUUUUGUUUUUGUUUUUUUAAUAAGAAGACUUUGGAUUUGGUGUGUUGGACAGGUUGCAUUUGAGGAAGUGUUCGAUGUGGGCAAGACUAGAGCACAGCUGAGCAAGAGGGUGAGGCUACUCUGUAUCCAUGGAGAGGAAAACAAGGCAGGAUGACACAGCAGUGACCUGGGAAGAGAGGGCAGCACCAAGCUAGGGCUGUCAGGGAUUUGGCUUCAGCAGGACUCUGAGUAAGGACGGUUGUGGGCCCAAGUUGUCUUAGCUAGGACCAAGCCCUGGGAAGAACGGUGGGAAAUAACCCAUUCUGUGUUGGCUUGGGUGUCUUGAAGUCUGAGUUGCAUACAGGAAGGACCAGGAGGUCAUCAGAUCUGGAAGUUGAGCCUCUGGGGUUAGGUUAAUCACUGCCAAGCAUCCCCUUUCUGCUAGAAUCCCAGGGUGAGGAGUCUAAUUGGCCAUAGCUCUUUCCUACUUUGCUGUCCUACUCCCACUCCCCCAGGCAGCCUUUGCUUCUUCACAGCUCCUGAGUGUGAGUGCCUGUGUCAGGAAAGGCUUCCCAGAUGAUGCAUGACCAGCUCCUUUUCUCUUCCAAUACUGAAUCAAGUUUAUGGUGCCUAUUCCUCAUCAGACUGUUAUCAGACAGAGAGGUGGACAAAUGUGAUUUAAAGCAGAUUGUAGCACCAGCCAGUGACUGCUCCUAGCCCUAAUCAACACCCUUUCACUCCCUGGAGAAGAUGCUUUGAGUUAGAGAGAUUUUAAUGGGUACUAGUUCUCCAGCUGGGCAAACACAGUCCUUUUGCUCCUUUUUAACAGAAGAAUGACAACAAUAGAGACACUUUAAGUGUAUAACAACCAACAGGGCUUGUUGCACCAACUGUAUUAUUGUUUUGCCUACAUUAUUGUUGAGUCCUUGCUGCCAUCCUAUAAGACUAGUACUAUUAGCCCCUAUAAAUAUAUAGACCUUGAGUUUCAGAGAAAAUAAAAUGUAAGGCUACAAAGGUAGAAAAAGGUGACACUAAGAUUACUACACAGGUCUGUUGUACUCCAAAGCCAGAGCUCUCCACCAUUACACUAUACCAUGUUCUUAGGAGGAAUGAUUUUCUAGAAUGUGUCAUGGAGCUGUAAUCUGAUUUGUAUGUGUUAUGAAGAUGACAGUUCCUUAAAGACUAUAGCUAACGACUGCUGCUGAGGAGGCUACAUUUAGAUGAAUGGAAAAAAAGAGCUGGUCCUCUCUGCCCCUGAAGAGGAUAUAACUUACAUCGUGUCAGCUUCAAUUGCUGACUGAAUGGUCCAGUGGUUUGGGGGAUCCUGGCAGGAAUGUUUUCCUUGUCCUAGAAUGCUUGUGUGAUAGGAACCUGGGAGAAGAAUGGGUGUGUUUGUCUGGCUUUAUGGCUUUGAAUGCUGAUAAUUUGUAGACAGGGAAUACAGGGGCAUCGGAACAGUAGAGUGGGCAGAUGUGGAGGAGGAACGGCUGGAAGAGAAAGCAGGCCCGUGGAACAGAGAACAACUUUGUUUAUCAAGGGGUGGGAUGCGGGUGUGGAGGAAAGCUUUACAGCCAAGCUGUGGGGACUGCUGGGCUGGCUGCCAACCCUAGCCACUGCCUAGGGACUAUGAUGGCGGCUUGUAAGAUAUUUGGAAAAGAGGGGUGUACUAUUCCCAAGAAAAAGGACAGAUCCUGGGCAUAUAUAUAUAUACAGGUCCAAACACUUGAGAACUCCUUUGUGUUCCCCAAAUCAAGAUAGCCAGGAACAGAUUUGGCACUGCCAGCUCAGGGUCUGGAUGAUAGCCACACACCUGCAGAUCCUACCUUGCAGUGGUGAGCACUUGGUCGAGAGCUUGCUGAUUAAGGGACAAAGCAUUAUUUGUGCUGGCUGCAUUGCUCGACUACUAGACAGAUGUCAACAGCAUCCUCCCCGUCGUCUUUGCCAUGCUCCACCUUACUUAUUCCACCCUACUGCUCCAUGCAGAUAGUAUUGGGAAUCGUCAGUAAACCCUUUUUUUCUCUCAACAGCUUAAGUAGCCAGCAAGUACUGUUAUAAGGAGUGGUCUUCACCCCUAGGCACACUACUUCCUACAAGAUUCAUCAUCAAGCAAGUAGAACAGAAGUACCUGGCACCUCCUAGGGACAGGCACCAAGAUGAGAUGUUAUUAUGGUUUCUGAUGAGAUAGCAUGUGGCAGCCUUUCCCAGGUAGCACAUAAGAACUUGACAGGGUUAGGGUAGGUAGUACAGCACUAGGAAAGCCCCUGUACUUGGAAUUCAAAAGCCCUGACUCUUUCUUAUUAGUUACUUUGGGAGAGUCACCUCUUCUUUACCCUAAUACAGACGUAUAUGGUUCAUCUCACAAGUUAUCAGGAAAAUAAGAAUGCCUAUGAAAAGGCCUUUAUGUCAGGAGCACAGUCAGUGGCUGCUCUAAGCCAUCAUUCCCAUACAGGAACAAAGGAGAUUUUGAUUAAUACACUUUUUUUUUUUUUUUUGGUUUUUCAAGACAGGGUUUCUCUGUAUAGCCCUGGCUGUCCUGGAACUCACUUUGUAGACCAGGCUGGCUUCGAACUCAGAAAUUCGCCUGCCUCUGCCUCCCAAGUGCUGGGAUUAAAGGUGUGCACCACCACGCCCAGCCCACUUUUUUAUUUUUAAUUGAGAGGAUAAGGAUAUAUAUAUAUAUAUAUUGCUAAAUAAAAGUACCAAGCAUUCAACAUGCAAUAGAAUGGUUGGUAAGGGUUUUAGAGUGGAUACUCAAUAUGAAUUCGUCCAUUAAUCAGUCUGGGACAGUAGUAAUAGAGUCCUAAAGGCCAUUGGGCUAGAACAGUGAGGAACUUGAACUAGCCUUUACAGCUUACAGCAGCUCAUAUAGGAAAUGAGAGGUUUCUUGCUUUGGUGGCAUGUCUGGGGCCUCUCCACCUAAACAUACUCUAUCCCCAGGGUGCCCAUUUCCUAGCCCAAAGUAGACAGUGCGGCCAGACUUGGUCCUCGCUGCUAGAGCCCAGCUUCCUAAACUGUGUGUCACAACCCUGCAUGAGGCUGUGUAACUGAAUGUAAAGGCAUUACUAAAAGAUGUCUAUACCUUCUAUACAAGUAGACAUUAAUUCAAAAUCAAACUCACUAUGUAUUCUCAGUGUCUCCUGUGAACACUAUGCCUCUGGAAGCAAUCAAACGUGUUGACCAGAGCUUCCCUGCCACCUUGGUUCUCAACACUCAUUUGAUCACACAUGCCCUCAUACAUAAAUAUUGCCGCAGAUAACUUAGCUUAGAUCCCAGGUUAUUGUCGUUUUUGCUCUUCUAGAAACAAGAUGGUGUUAUUACAGGAAACAAAGACUUUGAGGAUCAUCCUCUCGUCAUUCCUUAUUAUUUUAAGUAUCAAAUUAGAUGUUUUUAGAUUAUGUCAAGUUUUAUUUUAGCCAGGUGUGGUGGUACAUGUAGUCUUGAAAUCUUAGCAUUUGAAGGCCAUCUCUACUGCAUGCCGAGAUCAAAGCCAGCUUGGGCUAUCUGAGACCCUAUUUCAAAAAAAAAAAAAAAAAAAGUUUCCUGUCUGAGUUUAUGACUUGAAAUUAAUUUUGAAAAAGUGUUAAAUGAAUUUGACUUGGGAUUAGGACGCAGUUUUUUUUUCCCAUUUUUUAUUAGGUAUUUAGCUCAUUUACAUUUCCAAUGCUAUACCAAAAGUCCCCCAUACCCACCCACCCCCACUCUAGGACGCAGUUUUUAACAAUUUCUGAAAUAACCCUAAAUAUACUUCUGCUACUUCAUACCUAAACCAUUGAUGGUUAUAAGAUCAAAAUAUCAAUUAGGCCAGAUGUGGUCAUUUAAUCCCCAAACUCAGGAGGUAGAGAUGAGCAGAUCUUUGAAUUUGAGGCCAUCCUGUUUUAUAUAGUAAGUUCUAGCCCAGCCAGGGUCUAGAAACUUGGUCUCAAAAAAACAAAAACAAAAUUAACUCUGAAAACUUUGGUGUAUGUCCUGCAGUGUCAACUAGAAGUGUCACAUAGAAGCAAUUUAAUUCUUUGUUUAAAAAAAAAAAAAAAGCAAGCAUGUCUAUCUCAUUUGUAUUCAAAAUUGAUUUUAUCUUUAAUAAAUGGUAAAAUUACAUGCCAAAGAAUUGUCUUUAAGUUUAUUGGGACUGGAAAAAAGUGCUUAAUAGGUAAAGUACUUAUACCUACUUAGUUCAGGUACCUGUAGUCGUGUAAAAACCUAGAGAUGUCUAUAACCACAGCACUGAAUGGGAGCAGAAACAGGCAGGUCCCCACAGCUUGCUGGGCAGCCAGUCUAGCCAAAUUAGUGAGAUUCGGAAUUGAAUUAGAGACUGGUAUCCCUAAAAAUAAGGUGGAGAACAAUAGUGAAAGGCACAGUGUCAACCUCUGGCUCCUUAUGUAUCACACACACACACCACAUACACCAUAUAAAAAGAGUAAAGAUGAAUUCCACUAUGGUUUAUUAUUAGUGUUAGGAUAGAUUUGUAUACCUGUUUUUUAUUACCUAUGUAAGAAUUCAUCAGGUGAAAAGAAGUUAUGUGUAAAAUAGUUCAAGAAGCCUGUCAGGUCUGCAUGGGCCAACUACCCUGGAUACUAGAAGCUAGUCCAGGUUUCAGGUUCUCAUCCCACCACCAACUGGCUGUGUUUAGGCAGGCCAGUCCCCUUUCCAUGCUGAACUUGAGUCUCCUAGCUGUAUGUUGGUAAUGAUUAUCUCACCCAGCUUUUAGGGUUGAGAAUGCACAGAAGGUGCCCAGCACAAAGCCUCUUGUAGUAUAAAGACUCAGCAGGUGCUUCCUUCUACCUUGGGGUGAAGUCAGGAAUGCCAGUAAGAUUUUUUAAUUGUAUAUAAUCUCAGCCUUGCUAGAAACAGUGAACCUAAACAAACAUAAUUGGAAGCAUUUUCCACAUUGUGGCUGAGGCUCUCAUAGAAUCACCAUGGCAGCUGUCAUUGAUACUGGAGACUGCAUCUCCACAAAAGCUGUAUCUUAAUAUUGUCACAUUCCUCUUCAUUUCUACCCCAGAUCUCCUUCAGCUCUUGUUAGCAUAAGCAAACAAACAUUAUUUUGCACAGGGAGGCCUAAAGCUUACAGGGUCAAAUGACUUUCCCAGAAUCUCACAGCUGUUUGUGGUGCGGUUGGAUCCGAACCUGGUUUUACUUGACUGUCUGACCUGGGAACCGGAACUUACCUAACCUAUACUGACUGCCAUACAAAGCAUGGAGUUCCCUGUGGGUUCCCUCUCCCCCAAGUGGAGCUUCUUUCCUAUCCUAGAUAACGUCUGUGUGCCCGUCCAGGCCUCUGCUUCUAUCCAAGGUAAAAACCUGUAUCUGUU